AUGAUUAAGCAAAUUAUUUUAUUACUAGCGCUAAUUUCUUCAGUGCAUCUAAGCGUAAUUCCCUUGGACGGACUGGUGCCAUUUAGACGAGCUGUCCAGGUUUGUGUACCAUAUUCAAGAUUCUAUGUUGAUAAUACUAUUUGUAUAUGUGACGCAGAUGGCUUAGGAGCUGAUUGUACCUCACCGAACCAGUAUAAC